AUGGAUCCUGGACUUUGUGCUCUCGAUACCUGUCCCAUAGAGAAUGCCUACAUCCAUUACCAGCCCACCAUCCCGGGCAACAGUGUCUACCUGGCACUGUUCGGCAUCCUCCUCCUCACUCAACUCAUCCAACCAGUCUUCUUCUGUGCUGCCCUCUACCUACUCCUCGGCCAGAUCAUCAUCCUCUACCACGGCGAAGACGUCUCGCGGCUUAAACCCAGAAACUAUGCCAUCUUCUUCGUUUCGUGCGAUGUCAUCGCGCUCAUCCUGCAGAGCGCCGGUGGAGCCCUUACCUCUACGGCCGAAGAUGCAGAUGGUCGACAAAUGGGAUUGAACGUCAUGAUUGCCGGUCUAGCGUUCCAGGUUGCUGCACUGACGCUUUUCAUCGCCCUAGCUUCGGAGUUUGCAAUCCGUCUACGACGUCGAAAUCUCAAGGGAGAAUAUCAGAUUUCUGACAGUGCAUCCUUAAGGAAGGACGAUUAUGCCGCGAUCCGGGGAAAGAAAACUGAUCUGGCCAACGACGAGGUAACAUUCGUGAUUUUGGAAGAAGCGAUGGUUUCGAUUACCUGCCUUUGCUUAACAAUCAUGCAUCCUGGGAUGUACCUGGAGAGCCGAAACAAGCGCAAGAGUGUUCUCUGUGAGGACGUUGCCAUGCUAUCAAUGAGGUAA